CCAAAAUCCGCCAACGUCGAUUCAUUACUGCUGCUGAAAUAUUCAUUUUUAGAGCGUUCGUGAAUUAAUAAAAAGCAGUCUAAAAACCGGAAUGUCCAACUGAUAAGGCUGAAAAUUUUUUCACUUGUUAUUUGCAGUAAGAUAAAUACAUUCACCAACUUUUAUUAAAAUAAAACCAUUUAAACUGGGUGUUCGGAUAUAUAUGUCACUUAGUAUACAUCAAGAGACAAUAAUUUCCUUCGUUGUAAAAUAUCGAAAGCAAUAAGACUAACUUGGUAUUUUACAAGCAGAAAAAUAAGUGUUGAGAGAAGCUUGCCUGGGUGAAUUUGUUAAAAACGGAUAGUGGGGUAUCUAUUCCUCGAAUUAC